AAUAGCAUUGAUUUUUAUGCACACAUUUGGCGCUCAAACAAACAGACAAUCAUUUGAGUGAAUCAAAUAUAUUGAUGUCUUAGUCGUUGACAAACAAACCACAAGACAUUGAACCACAAAAAAACAUUUGUAUUUUUAAUAACAUUAUUAUCACCAGAUUUAUCACAAUAAAAAUGUUUGGCGUCAAAGGUGUCGAUCUGGUCAAAAGUCUUACCCGACAGACCACUGAUCCGAUGCCCGACUACUGUCACCAAUUGGUCGACCAAUUGCUAAAAGAGAUGACAGAACUCAACCAUCAGAUCCAGAAAUUUGUUAAGGCAAACGAUUCGUUGGACCGAAACUCUGAUGAAUACCGCAAUCAGUUGGUUGUCACACAAAUCCGAUUUUCGGCUCUUCUGUGGAACAAACGAUGUCUUCUCGCUUAUCAUUGGAAUCGUUUGGAUAAACUGAAACGUUUGCGUUGGCAGUUGGGAUCAGUUAUGCCCGAAGACAUCGUGAAAAAUUUGUCGGCCGACGAACGUCAGUGGUUUCUAAAUUAUUCAAACAAUUUAUCAGAUUAUAUGAACAAAUUGAACGACGGAAGAGGUAUUGAUCUGACGUUACACCAGAAGCCACCGAAAAGACUAUACAUUCAAGUCCGCUGCAAUACUGAAUACGGAGACCUCGAGUUAGACGACGGCACGAGUGUUGUCCUCACCAAAGACAGUAUGCAUUAUCUGCCGCUAUCCCAGUGCGAGAAACUCAUAUUAGGAGGUGUUUUAACGCAAAUCUAA